UCAUCCUCCCUUAUUGGUAUAAAAUUCAUCUUCUCUUACCAAGAGAUCGAAUCAGUUUUGUCCAAAGAUUCAAGCUUUAUGGCUGUGGAGCGCCUCCAAAUUCAUACCAAUUUUCAACCCAAGAAGUGUGGUGAGACAAGUAUUGUGGGCGAUGAAGAUCGGAUAAGUCAGUUGCCCGAUGAUAUUCUGGUUAAUAAUAUACUGCCGUUGCUGUCGCUCAAGGAAGCAGGCCGAACUAGUGUUCUUUCUUCUCGUUGGACGAACUUGUGGGCCCACAUCCCUCGUCUCAAUUUUGAUGCUAAAAGUGCAUUGCACGUGAUCGAGAGACACAAGUAUGUGGAAUGGAUGGAUUCCGUUAUUCGAUCGCGAGAAUUUCUCUCGUUAAAAGAAUUCAACAUCUGUUACCGUAUAGACAAAUCAUCGAGGAAGUCAGUCACUCGGUGGCUUGAAUUUGCAUUUGCCAGACAACUCGAGAGGUUGACUUUGGACUUCCAAGAAAAUACUACUGGGACCACAUAUUGCUUCCCCGAAGCUUUGCUCAACCGAAGCACGCUUGUCGGGUUUAAGUCCCUCAAAGCAAUUGUUUUUAAAUCCGUUAGUUUGAGUGGCGGAGCUAUCGAGUUCCUGUUACGUAACUGUCAGCUACUCGAACAAUUGGUUGUCCAGGAAUCGGAAACGACAACGAAGCUCCAAGUUUGCGGUGGUUCGUCCCUCAAGUUAGAACACUUGGAGAUGGUCCAUUGCCAGGGUUUGAAAUCACUUAAAGUUUCCGCGCCAAGGCUUACUACACUUAAAGUCUCGAGAGUAAAGGGACUUUUACUCGAGAAGGUCCCGAUGCUUGUUAAUGUAUCUGUCAACUUCUGUGACGACAACAGUGUAUCGAUAAAACAUGCAUUCAGUGUACUGGCUUGCUGCAUUCCUCAAUUGCAGACUCUUUGCUUAACGUUGUACAACUGUGGAUACGGAUGGAUUGGACACGUCAAAGAAAUCGAUGAGAUUUGCGAGCUUCCCGUAAUGCCUAAACUCAACAAGUUGGUCAUUGAAUAUAUUGCGAACGGUGAUGAGAGUCUUGUUAGACUGUCUGCUUUGAUAAGGGCAUCUCCUAACUUGGAGGAAUUUCUUUUUCACUUUAAAUGGUGUAGAAUUCCGAGGAAAGAUAGAAAAACGAAGGCGGCUACUACUAUAAGGUCUCCCCACAAUCACCUUAAAGUGUUCAAGUUCCGUGGCUAUUAUGGUUGCACUAAUGAUGUUGAAUUACUUAGCUACGUUUUGGAGAACUGCGCAGUUCUUGAGAAAAUAAUAAUUGAUCCCAACGAUGGAAUUCACCCGAAAGAGGAAUAUAUUCCAAGGAAGGUCAUAAAACAAAAGCUUGAACCACAAGUACCUCAACGCAUUGAAUUGGUUAUUCUAUAACGGAUUCUAGUAUGCACUUAGUUGUCCACAUAUAGAAAUAAAUAUUUAUUAGAGUUGGGAAAAGAAAAAUCGAACUUGAAUCCACAUGCAUUGCCUGAUGAUGGAAUUACGGGUCUUUCGUGCACACGGAUUAGCGGAAUUAGUAUGUGCAAAACGUAAACAACCAAAAUAAUAAUCGUAACGCACAUAUGCAUAAUAGUUGAAAUCGAGCAAAUGUAUAUAUGAGUCAGUUUAGAACUUAUAAAAUUAAGGCCAUGCUUAAUUUCAAUAUUCAAUCAAGAGAUUCGACAUUGUGUAAAUUGUUGCAAAGUCAUCUUCUUCUUUC